GAUCCGAUCACAUCAUCACACCUAGAGAUCCGUUCCUAUCUUUUCAGCUAUUAGUAGUAUUACUCCUCUCUUUUUACCUUGUUCUACCGUCUUCAUUCUCCUCCGCUGAAGAAACCAUGGACUUGUUCUUCAUUACCACAAUUUUCCUUAUGCUCCUUUCCUAUUUUGCAUUCUCUUCUUCAAUCUUCCGCCGUUCCAAAUCCCGUUCAAGAAACCGGAAGCCGCCGGCAGCCGGCGGCGCGUGGCCGAUCACGGGCCAUCUCCACAUCAUGACGAGAGGCAAAUCCGACGACAAGCUGGCGCACAUCACCUUAACCGCCAUGGCCGAAACUUACGGCCCGAUCUACAGCAUCCGGCUCGGGACCCGGCCCGCGCUCAUCGUGAGCAGCUGGGAAUUGGCCAAGGAAAUAUACACCACGUGCGACAUGGCGGCGUCGUCCAGACCAUUUUUAAAGUCGGCGGAACUCAUCAGCUACGACUCGGCUAUGUUCGGCUUCAGCAAAUACGGCACGUAUUGGCGCGAGCUGCGGAAGCUGAUCUCAGUCGAGCUCCUCUCGAGCCGCCGGCUCCACAUACAGCGGCACGUGCUCUUGUCCGAGACUGCGCAGUCUGUCCGAGAACUGUACGGUCUCUGGAACCAGACAAAGAACCCGUCGGGAAGUGCUCCGGUGGAGAUGAUCGAGUGGUUUGGGAAUCUGAAUCUGAACGCAGUUUUAAGGUUGGUUGUCGGGAAGAGAUAUGCCGUCUCCGAUGCUGACGUGGCCGAGGCGAAGCAUUGCCGGAAGGUCAUGAAGGCGUUCUUUGAACUCAUCGGAGUUCCCACGAUCGGCGACGUCGUGCCGUUUCUCCGGUGGCUCGACAUCGGCGGAUUCGAGAAGAAGAUGAAGCAAACGUUCCGCGAAAUGGAUGCUAUCCUCUCUAAAUGGUUGUCGGAACAUCGCGCCGCCGCCGCCGCCGCCGGCGGCAAGCAAGAUGACUUCAUGGAUAUAAUGAUUGGAGCCGUCAAAAGUGCAAAGCUUGAAAACGAAUACGAUGAAGACACCAUAAUCAAAGCCACUUGUUCGAAUUUGAUUUCGGGGAGUGAUACGAACACAGUGAUGUUAGUAUGGCUGCUGACUCAUUUACUCAACAACCCUAAAGUGCUAAACAAAGUCCAGCAAGAGCUCGACGAGAAAGUCGGGAGAGAGCGGCGCGUGGAGCCGUCGGACAUAGACAACCUCAUAUACCUCGAAGCCGUCGUGAAAGAGUGUCUCCGUCUGUACCCGGCGGGGCCGUUGAGUGGGAUAAGGGAAUUCAACGAGGACUGCAACGUGGGAGGCUACGAAAUAGAGAAAGGAACGAUAUUCUUCGUCAACAUAUGGAAGUUGCAGAGGGAUCCCCAGAUUUGGGAGGAUCCCGACAAGUUCUUGCCGGAGAGGUUUCUUGGCACCGCCGGCGGCCAUAAAGAUUUCCAGUGGGUGCCGUUCGGCGGCGGCCGGAGAAUCUGCCCCGGAGCGAAUUUGGCGAUGGAGAUGAUGAAGCUGGUGAUCGCCAGCUUGGUGCAAUCAUUUGACGUGUCGACGCCGGACGGUGAAGCCGUAGACAUGUCUGCAUCUCUCGGUGUGACCUUGUCCAAAGCCACCCCGUUAAAUGUCCUUCUUGCCCCUAGGCUAGCUGCUUCUCUCUAUUAGGUACCUCACUCCCUGCCCCCACUCUCAGGAUCCCCUUCCGUUAUUUAUAUAUAUAUAUAUGGUGAUGCUUGUAAUUCUGAAGAUGUUUUUAAUAACUUAUUUUGGAUUUCCGAGAUGUUCGACGUGGAUCUUGUAAUUUUAAAAAUGUUUUAACGAUAAAUAUGUAAUAGUAUUUUUGGA